AUGCUCACCACACUCGCCACCAUCCUCUCCCUCGCCACCUUCUUCCUCCCCUCCGCCACCGCCUGCACCACCAUGGGCUCAAUGACGCACACCUUCUACGGCUACCCCGACAACGACCCUCCGGGGGCCGGCAUCGCCUACGACUGUGGGCGGGGCUACACAGCCGGCGGCACGGGCACGUACGACGACCCUCUCACGUUCGCGUCGGCGGCGGGCGAGUUCGACGAAUGCGAGGUCAUCUACGACCCGUACCUGCGCAAAUACCUGCGCUACGAGGACUACUGCCAGGCGUGCACGGACGACUGGAACGACGGGCAGAAGGGGCACCUGGACGUGUGGACGGGGAGCACGAGCGUCGACGGCGGCGACGCGCAGAUCGCGUGCGAGAACGACCUCACGCCGGGGGAUUCGUCCCAGACGGUCGUGAGGCAGCCGGCUGAUGACUUGCCGGUCGAUACGACGGAGCUCUUCGCGGAUGGACAGUGCCGCACUGAUCAUGUGUAUGGGAGCUACAACAUUGGGGACUACUGCUCUUAG